GAGCCUCAGCAAACUAAUGUAACGUUAACAGAACAACAUACAAACUGUUUCUUAGAUUUUCUAACAUUAAAAACUGUUGAAAGUGUGAAGGAGCCUUUAUGUAAGUUUGUCAAGACCACAAAUUCAAUCGUGAAACAUGACAAAUGACAAGGCGAGUUUUCGCUGAAGUGCGAAGAACGGAGCCUAUUUGAGUAUGCUCCAGAGGCUUGCUGCGUCCCUGCGGCGGCACCCUCCUCUCGCGGCGGCGGUACGAUGCGUCUCGUCGGGCUCAGUGGACAUCACUGUCCCGCUGAACUUCUGGGCUGGGAAGAGACGGACGAGCCGAGAGAAAUGCAGCAAAGAAAACGUUUACGAACCCGCAACAGGCCGAGUCUUGUGUCAGUUGGAGCCUUGUGGUGCUGUGGAGGUCGAUCAGGCUGUGGAGGCGGCCAAGUCAGCCUUUGGCCACUGGAGUAAAAUGUCUGGGAUGGAGAGGGCGAGGAUCAUGAUAGAAGCUGCCCAUAUCAUUGAGAGCAGGAGAGAGGAGAUCGCUGAAAUGGAGGUGGUCAACAAUGGGAAGUCCAUCACAGAGGCCCGUCUGGAUGUGGACUCUGCCAGACUGUGUAUAGAGUACUAUGCAGGGCUGGCCAGCACUCUGGCAGGCCAACAUGUCCAGCUGCCUGGGGGGUCCUUUGCCUACACCCGCAGGGAGCCUCUGGGAGUCUGCGUUGGUAUCGGUGCUUGGAAUUAUCCUUUUCAGAUAGCUGCCUGGAAGUCCGCUCCAGCCCUGGCCUGUGGCAACUCCAUGGUGUUCAAGCCAUCACCAGUGACGCCUGUGACGGCAGUCAUGCUGGCAGAGGUGUAUGCCCAGGCUGGAGCUCCAGACGGACUGUUCAACGUGGUGCAGGGCGGCCAGGAGACAGGCAGCUCACUCUGCCACCACCCAGAUGUUGCUAAAGUGUCCUUCACUGGGAGUGUGCCCACAGGGAAGAAGAUUAUGGAGAUGGCAUCCAAGGGGGUGAAGCCUGUGACUCUGGAGCUCGGAGGGAAAUCUCCUCUGCUCAUCUUUCAGGACAGUGACGUGGAGAACGCUGUGAGGGGGGCUCUCAUGGCCAACUUCCUGUCGCAAGGCCAGGUCUGUAGCAACGGUACAAGGGUGUUUGUUCAGAGGGAUAUUCUGCCUGAGUUUGUGGAGGAGGUGGUGAAGAGGACCCGGGCGAUCGAGAUAGGAGACCCACUGCUGGAGAGCACCCGAAUGGGAGCGCUGGUCAGCCGACCUCACCUGGAAAAAGUCCUGUCCUUUGUCGAACAGGCAAGGAAAGAGGGAGCUACAGUGUUGUGUGGAGGUGAACCUUUUAUCCCCUCAGAUCCCAAACUUAGAGGUGGAUACUACAUGACUCCAUGCGUCCUGGGCGACUGCACAGAUGAGAUGACCUGUGUGAAGGAGGAGAUCUUUGGUCCUGUCAUGUCUGUGUUGUCUUUUGAAACAGAAGAGGAGGUGCUGCAGAGAGCCAAUGACACCAGCCUCGGUCUGGCUGCAGGAGUUUUCACCAGGGAUGUGAGGCGAGCACAUCGUGUGGUGGAACACCUCAAGGCUGGUUCCUGUUUCAUCAACAACUACAACAUCACUCCUGUGGAGGUGCCCUUUGGGGGCUUCAAAAUGUCAGGCAUAGGGCGGGAGAACGGCCAGGUGACGAUUGAAUACUACUCCCAGCUGAAGACGGUGUUUGUGGAGAUGGGAGAUGUGGACAGCUUGUUCUAAGACACACAUACGCCGAGAGGAUGGAGCUGUAACACUGAGCCAGAGACUGAACCAGAUGGUCUGGACCAGAACACAGAACACUACUUAGGGACGGACCAUCAAACGUUCGUGCUCAAAGUGAUGAGACACGAUCACAGGAGCUAAAGCCUGUCCUGAGAAUGAGCCAUAAUAUUUGAAUGUGAGGUGAAUGGUUCAUAUGGGUCUAAUUAAAGAUUGUUCUUAGUAUUUACUAAACCUUAAUUGAUGUCAGCUACUAAAUUAUAAGUACGAGUCACACGUUGUGAUACAUGAUUUGCACAGUUUUUCUUUCUUCAUAUAAUCUGUAAUAAAUGUACAGAAAAGCAUUUUCAGUGUUCUCCACAAGCCAGGCUUUAUUUCUUGAACAAUAUACAUCAGUCUAUUUUUGUACACACAAAAUACUGAACAAUGAAGCACAUUGUAUUGAUUUAACUCAUCUAUAUUGAACAUUUCAUGUACACUUUUGUACGAAGUUGUCUAAAUUAGAACUGGAAUGGUAACAUCCUGCCAUGUGUAGAGAUUAACCUGUAAGGAACCUGUCGAACACAUUUUGCUUAUCAAAUCAAAUGUAAUAUAACAUUAAACAGUGUUAAACAUUGCAAUAAAAUGAAGAAACAGUUUG